ACUUUGCAGUCGAAUGCGAACUGCUCUCGCAAGCAGCGUAUAGAACAUUGGAGCAAGAGAAUAAACUAGAGAAAAAAUUUGCUGUCGUCUUUUUUUUCUCUCAAUUUUUGGAAAAGGAAAAAAGAAGGAAGAAACGCUUUAGCUCUUCAGAAUUUUUUUUUAUAUAUUCUGCUGCUUUCUCUUCUAUAAGAUAUAAAUCUUUGAAAAAAUCUCUAUUUAGAUAUUUUUUCUUUUCUUUCUCUUCAAAUUUUCAUUUGCAUUUCUCUCUUACUCUUCCUGUUGGGAAAAGGAAGAAAACAAAUUAAUUUAAGGAAACUCUAAUUGGAACCUGUUAGAGUGGAAGGAAAAUAUUGGAUCGAAAAGAAAAUUCUUUGGAGGAGGAGUAGGCGGUGAAGAUUGAAUUGAAAGAUGUCGUAUUAUAAUAACUCAACUGAGGCAAAUGACGAGAGGCCGACAGCAAUCGGAACGACUAUCGGAGCUAGUGUAAUGACCGUAUUUCUAAUUGAAGGUAUUUUAGGUAAUGUAUGGUUAAUAGCGGCCGUUGUUUCUCAAAGGCAAUAUCGAAACAUUAUCAACUUGUUUAUCGCUUCAUUGGCUUUAAACGAUUUAUUAACUCUUUGUUUGGUUGUUGUACUGAUUGUCCAAUCUUACGUGAUGAGAUCCUGGGUUGCAGGGGAUGUUUUAUGUAAAUUAAAUCCGGAAUUUACCAUUGCUUUUGUUGGAUGUAGCCUAUGGCAUACAGCUUUAAUUGGUAUACACCGAUAUAUAGUUGUCGUCCACAAUACGGUUUAUAAAAGGAUGUCAAAGAAAUCUUAUGUUGCCUUCGUUUUAAUCGCUGCUAGAUUGAUACCAUUCGCUGCCGCUUUACCUGGAAUUGAUCUUAAAUCGUCUGUCUACGUGGCUAAAUUAUUGCGCUGCAUUCUUAAGCCUACAUCUUUCGGGAGAAUUGUUUCGGUAACAGUUGUUCAAGUUCUUAUUCCCUGCAUCGUUGUCGUCUGCUGUUACAUAGCAAUUUUUAUUUCGGUAGUGAAGGUCUCAAAGCGCAUGUCAUCACCAAAUGCUCUUCAACAACGUGAAUUGCAGAUAACCAAGAUGUUCGGAGUCAUUUUUCUUGUCAUUCUGGGUGGCUUUAUACCCUAUUCAAUAGUCAGGAAUCUCGAUAAGGCUAAUACUCUCUCGGCGGAAAUAUAUGUCAUAGUAAGUGUCUUCUAUGGCGUAGCUACGUGCUCUUCACCCCUAGUUUAUGGUGCAAUGUCAACGGAAAUCCGAACGGCUAUGCUUGAUUUCUGUCCAGCCAUCUUGAAAAAACGAGCGAAAACGUCCGUCACAGCAGAAUGUCGAAGGAUGACACCUGCACAAAGUCAGCCAGUUGCAGUACAAUCAACAAUAGCGCUCGAUCAAAACGUUACCGUUUAUCUUGGACCUAUUAGCGAACAAUUGGAAGAGACAAAUAAAACUAGUUCAUAAUCGCUUAACAAAUUUAUAAGUCCGUGUACAUGAUAAACAUUAUAACAUAUUAUGUAAGUUUAAUAAAGACUCAUUUUCUCU